CUUCCCUCCAAACGACGACUGUAACUUAAAAUGUCCUGAUUUGAGCGCGUAAGAAGUCUGGCAUCCUGGUUUCGUUUCCAAACUCGGAAGUCUGAGGCGGCUCUGAUAGACGUUGGUUCAUACCUGAGCCAAACUCGCAUCUCUGGCUAUAUUUUUCUCAGUUUCAUAUUUAAAGGUUCAGAUUUCAUCAUCCCGUGUGCAGGAGAUUCAUUAAGUUAGGGUCGAGUUGGAUGUAACGUUGGUGGCAAACAAUAGAAGUGUUGGAUGUGCUCACCACCUAGUCGACGAGAUGCAUUAUAUUUCCUGCCGGUUGUUGAGAAGUUAAGUUAGUAGUUAAAGCAGUAUCCACCCUGGUCUGAACUACUUAUUGCUUUCCAUUGUGGUGGAUGAGGGAACACCAUAUAUAGAAAAUAACAGACUGUUUAAAAAACCUAUGAGGAAAAUUAGCUAUAUGCGGGAAACCGACAGACGGGGUUUUACAAACAACGGCUACAGGGGGCAUCAAUGAGGCUAUUCUACAGUGAAGCGAAGAAGCUGAUUGCGCUUUAUCGGAAGUGAAAUCGAUUUUACAAAAGUGAGCACACACGUUAAAUGGUUUGGUACCUAGAAAUACAGUUAACGUAUCGACAGUAGCCAAUCAUCAAAAAAAAAAAAGUGAUGUAUCGACUAGGAAAUAAAAUUUAUUCCGCCAGUAGCAUUGCAACAGUCCCUGGUGGUCUAGUGGUUAGGAUUCGGCGCUCUCACCGCCGCGGCCCGGGUUCGAUUCCCGGUCAGGGAACUCCUUUUCGUUCCUUAUCUCCAGGCAUUUUUAUGACGGGUGUAGGGAGCUCCCACUUAAAGCACUGUGGCUCAAGGCCAGCUAUUUUCACCAUCUUGAUGGAUGAUAGCUUUCGGUCCACAGCCAAAAUGUAGAAAAACAUGUUGUUCUCUAGUCCUUUCCUUAGUGUCAGGUAGCCAAAGCUAAACCCAAUUUAACUUCAGGAUUCCUGUAUAUACCCUGAGCCCUAAUACAACCUUCAGAUGGAUAAUGCAACUGCAAAACGGUUUUGCUUCUUUCUGAGAUCGCUUUUUCCAAAAAUUAGAAAACAUUUCUCUAGGAAUGAAGUAAUAGAAAGUAGCAUCAAGGUGAUAAAAGUCCAUUUGUGGAUUGUGCAUUCCCUUUUAAUGAGUGUAAUAGUAGUUAUUUACCUGUUUCCAAGGUAAAUAACAGGGAAAAUAAUUAAAUGUAGAACAACAUUCCAAAAUCUGAUCUCAAUUGAAGAUACACUAUAUGGACAAAAUUACUGGGACACCUAUACAUUACUUUUAUAACAUCCCAUUUGAAAUCCAAAUGCAUGGAUAUGGAGUUGGUCCCCCCUUUGCAACAGUUUCCACUCUUCUAGGAAGGCAUUCUACAAGAUUUUAGAGUCUGUCUGUGGGAAUCUUUGUCCGUUCAUCCAGAAGAGCAUUUGUGAAGUCAGACGCUGUUGGACAUGAGGGCCUGGCUCGCAAUCUCCAUUCUAGUUCAUCCCUAAGGUGUUGGAUAGGGUUUAGGUCAGGGCUGUCUAUUUGUUUUACGUAUCCUACUUUGUAGAGAAGCCAUCUGUGCUACAGAGCAGCAAUAUAGAGCUGGUCGUGAUCCAAAGUCUAACUCAGGGACACCUAGCAGAGAGAACAUAUGUAGUCAGAGGUGCUUGAACCCACCCUGUCAAAGAAUGAUGUCCAUCCAUUCAAUUUAUACUCCUGAAGCCAUCAUAGAAGAAAUGUGUCAUUGUCUUCAGUCAGUGAGGACACUCAGAGAACCACAGUCAUCGACAGAGUGGAGGGACAGCAGGAGGUUAGCUAUGAAACUGUUUCCUGUCCAUCCGAUGUUUUGCUCUGUUUUGCUGGUUUUGUGGGCAUCACAAAGUGAUUCUGUUUCAACAGUAACAGAGGCCAACAAUCCAGAGGUCUGUCAAGAGGAGGUGUUGUUAACUGAUGAAUUGUCUUCACUGAAUUCUUCAGGGGAUAAUAUAGAGGAGGCUGCGUUGGAGGAUAACUUUCUCUGUGUCCUUUAUCCAACAAAUACACUCAACUGCUCCUGGUCAUUCCACACUUUACAGAAGGAUACUCAGCUCUCUGUCUAUAUCAGUAUUUGUGAUGGCGAAAGUGCAGUUCACUCUCAGAAUCUGUCUGCAGAAAGAGUCGGAUCAAGCACUUUGGUUCUACCCGAGUAUCAGAUGUUAUACGUAGUCAUCCAUUUUAACGUGACCUUGCAUGACAUGUGGACAGUCUACGGGUACAAAUACAUCAAGGAUAUGCUAGAGGUCCUGCCUCCACCCGAAAACAUCUCUGCAUUAGUCAAAGAUGGAAGACUGUUGGUGACAUGGAGUCUGCCCCAGAGUUGGGAAAAGGUCAACUCCUUAUGCUUCGAAUACCAGCUGGACAUAGGUGAUCAGGAAAGUCCCAAAAACUUGAGCGACCAUCUGUUUUAUACCGAGCCGAAUGUAGAUCCCUACCACACCUACAGAGUAAGGAUAAGGAUGAGAAAGAAUAAGCACUGCAUAUCAAAUCUUCUAUGGAGUGACUGGAGUCAAACUGUCACGGUUGAACAGACAGGACAGAUAAUCAAACUCAAUGCUCUGGUGAUCGUUUCAAUUUCCCUUGGAAUACCCAUGAUCCUCUUGGCUGUGCUGCUGUUGGGGCUCUAUCAGAGGGUGACUAAGGUUCUGUAUCCUCCGAUUCCUCGCCCCCCGCCAAAGUACAAAUCUUUCCUGGAAAAAAGUGACAUGUUGAAUUUCUUUCAUCUUCCACUGUCAGCUGAGCCUGAUGCAGAGAUAACAGUGGUGGAGGACACAGAGCAAAACCUUGGAAAGAAGUUUUAAAAGUACUAUAGGAAGGACAUAUUCAAAUUUGUGUCUUUUGAAGGUGCCAUAUCUAAAAAUGUGAAGCAAUUUACAUGUAUUUAUCAGCUUGUAUUGCCAAAGUGUGAAUGGAUUGUAACGUAACUUUAAAAAUUUGACCUUCCUCGACUUUCUCGGUUACCCAUGACAGACUUAGUGCUGAUUUCCAUGGAAACAACAGAUGUGACGUUAAUGCGUGCUCCGGAGUACCUUCACUUCCGAGCUGCAAAGCAUGUGAAAUAUACUGUGAUAUUGUUUCAGCUGGCCAAUGUUAACUAAAGUUAGCUUGCUUGGUAACGCAGAUGAAUUGCUAGCUAGCUAACAUACCAAAAUACUGUAUUGAUCAAGUGGGCUCUCUGAGGUCCAAGCUGGGUUACUUUAGCUCUCUUCCUUUUUUUAAUGGGGCAACUGCUUGCGGUGGCAGUGAUCAUCUCAAGGUCCACUGCAUUUAAACCAAUCCCAUCAUUUUCAGACAUCGUUGAGCCCGAGUUAAGUCCAGCAUAUAACAAGUUUGGCAGCCAGCUGGCCAACCCCAGUUUAGGUUACUGACUGCGUGGUCUGGUGCUGGUUGCUUUGUGGCACAGAUCACAUUAAUUCAGCGUUCAGUCUCAUGCAUGUCAGGUUACUGUUUUGGUCGAUACCCAGGAUGAUGCUCGCUCACACCCCCCUGUGUGAGUGCGAGCAACAGAAUGCUGUUCAGUUAAUGGCCACUGGUGACAUUGACAACAAGGAUUUUCUGAUAUUACACAUAAUUUAGAAACUUCACGUUAUGUGACACUUAAAUUUUAGGACAUGUAAAAGUGUACCAAUAUGACAGCAAGACAUACCGCGAAUAUAUAUACUGUAUAUAACCAAUAAGGAAGGAUUUUUAUCUGCUUUGUCAUGUAACAACAUGUGAAUUUCUGUGAAUGUGAAUGUCCAUUAAUGAGUUCUGAUGAAAUACACUUUCUCUGCCUGAACUAGCCAGAUGGCUGGUCUUGUAAGUCUAGUUCUUGUUCAAAAUGUGCAGUUUGAGUUCAGCUUGGACAAGAGUUGCAGACUGUGGACUGGUAGCUGGAAAGGUGCCAGUUCACCUCCUGGGCACUGCCUUGAGCAGGCUCCUGAACCCCCAACUGCUCACACUGACAUUUCUCCAUGGGUUGUUGCUAUAGGUCAUGUUUGUGCAUGUGUGUGUAUUUCAGACCUGUGUGUGCAUAAUAAUAAAAAUAACUACAGAGUGAAAAAA